AUGCCCAAUGCUGUGAUCCACUUUGCCCUCAAGUUCGCUGAAGAGUAUGCCAUGGACUUGCCGUGCUUUCGGCGGUAUCACGCUUUCAAAGCUGAAUGGCGCCAAGUGGUGAUGUCUUGGUUCUCCUUCUCAGAGCAUGAUGCCAAAAAGGCGCUCCUCAUGGCCUCUUUUGGCUUUGCAUUUCCAUCUCGCGCGAGCGGUUCACCUGUGGCCUGUCCCUUGUUGGAGGGCCUCGCUGCAGAUGCCAUGAAGUUGCGGGAGGUGCUUUGUCAAAAAUUCCCCUCGGUAGUUCAAGACGUGAAAGCAGCAAAGCGCCCGCGGCCCGAAACUUCCGCCAUGGCUUUCUUGCUUUUUGACAAGGAACACAAAGCAAUGCAGCUGUUCUGCGGCCUCCUGCCCAAACAUGGCUUCGCUCUAGUUGCACCAGUCUUUGACGCAGUGCUUGCUGUCCCGCAAGCGAAUCUGAGCAUGCCAGGUGAAGAAGUAGAUUCAGCAGCAAGUGAACAGGCUUUGCUGGAAGAUUUCCACAGUCAGACUGGAAUCAUGAUGCAGGUCAAACCACUGGACAGAAGCCCGCCCAUGCUCACAGUGCAGCAAAUCCUGGAAUCCAUUUUGGAAAACAAUGCUGGGAUCAGGAUGGGCGCGAUCCAUCACAUUCCUGGGUGUUACUCCUGUAUCGGCACUGCUCUCUUGAAUUUGUUCCCCGAGGAGGCUGACCCUUUGAAGGCCGCAACAUCCAACUUGCCAGAGCCUAUGUCCUACCAGCACAUGAUGCAGCUUUGUCCUCAAUUUUCCAUAGAGCCUGUGUCCUUGUCUCAAGCAGAGCAGUGCGGCGAUGGAAUGUGUUUCUUGCUACAUGCAUCGAGCUCAUCAGCCAAGGAUUGUGGCCAUGCAUACGGACUGAAGCUGGUCCAGGAAGCUGCUCACAUUUACAGCUCCGCCGAGGAAGAAUGCAUCCAAACCAAUGCAAAAAAGUUGUGGAAGCACUUGUCGAAAGCUCACGGGACGCAGGUUUUCCAAGUCAAUGUGCUCUCCGCAGACGAUCGCGCGGCCAAGAGGAGGAGAAAGGAAGCACCUUCGACUUGCCUGGAAGUCCAACUGAAAGCAGGAAUGGAGGCCGAGGAGGGCUGGAGCUCCGUGGCGCCACAAGUUCGUCUCAAAAAUCAAGCCGGCUGCUCCAACCCGGACGCCUCAGAGGCAACUUACAAGUGCAUCCUGUGCCCCUUCCGAUCGUUCAGCAGGAGGUCCUCCUUGCUCACGCAUGUCGAAAAGUACCACAAAGCAGAGAAGAACUUUGUCACUGUCAAGCAGCAGUUUGCUGUGGCGUGCGCUAUCUUUGAACAGAAGCAGGCAGGGCCCAAGGGUCGGAGAGUUUGUGUCCUCUCGUAUUCUGAUCGCAUGUAUAAAGUAUCAUGCAUAUACCCCUGCGAGGCUUUGAGUCCUUUGGCUGCGCGUCCUGCCGGCACGGACACCCUGCUUUCCCAAGCUGCCAUGUGCAUGCGAGAUUGGGUCUCUUUGGACGCAGCUUCCCUUCACUUUGUGUCGAAGCAGAAUACGGUCGACAUGGCUUUGCUUCUGACCCGCGCUGGGCCGAAGUAUGUCCUCAAGCAGCAUACAGCCCAGGCACUCCGAAUCAACAAGAUGCUCUACAUUAGCAAUGACUUUGCGGACUUGGUGUUGGCCAAAGCCAUCAAGCACAGAGGCAAGAUCCACAGCAUGUUCAAUGACAUCACUACUGAGUGGGUUUGUCAAGGUAGUCCUUGUGCUUGGCUUGGGUGUCGCCGAGGGGACACACGCCAGGCCGUCUUUGAGCAGGUCAUGGCUUUGAAGCCUGUGCAGGCCCUGCGAACUGCUUUGAUAGCAACUGCCACCGUGCAUGCGGAGUGGGUGGUUUGCAGUCAUGAUGCGACCUACCAAGUCCUUUUCAGCGCCAUCGGACAAAUGCCCAUGCAGCAGAAAGAAGGAGAAUUCCAUGCUUUGCAUACCUUCCUUGGCCGGUCUGGAGCUGUCCCUGGUUUCAGCCUCCAGCGCACAGAAGGUCCGGAUAGUUUCCGCUCUGCUGUAGCCCAGGUGCUCCCACAUGAUGCCCGCAUGACAGUGAAGUAUAUGUUCUCUGACAAUCCUGCUUCCGUGGAAGGUUCCACUGAUGUCUUGCCAAACCUGGAAGCUGUUGCAGAAGAUGCCUUGCACUUGGUGUUGCGAGUGGAAGCUUGCACUGGUGAGAAGCGGACGGCCUUGUCAUCGAACCUACUCCGGAUUAUGCUGCGCUUUCGCUUGCCAUGUGCUGGAUCCUUCUUCCAUGGUGGCACUGAUGGAGAUGAUGAGCAUGAUGCAGGACAGUGGUCAGAUGGAGUUGCCAAAGAUGGUGUGCCAGCGGACUGGGAUUGGGAUGCCCGGGUGACAAAGCCGUACUCCGGCCACCAGGAAUUCAUCAAUGACAUCGAAGUGCUUUGUGCCCAACACUUGGACCAAAUGAAGCGAAAGGAUAAGAAGGGGCGUACAAUCCAGCAGGUCUUGAAAGCCGGCACGUCUUACACGCACUUCAGGUACCUGUGGAACGGUUCCCACAUCAUAGCAGCCCUUCACCAAGCCAUGCCCCCGAAGGAAGUGGAGCUCCUUAGCUUUGGCACGUGCAGCAAUGAAGCUUUGCACUUUCAGCUCAAAGUCUGUCAAGAGCAAAUCAUCCAGCAGCACAUCCAAACAUUUCCUCCGCAGUUGGAAGCAUUUAGCUUAGCAAAGCUCUUGGCGCAUCAUUCGGCCGCUUACUCUCCAACCUUGGCACAAAGAAAAGAAUCUGAGAUCUUAAGCCUCAUGCAAGGUUGGCUGACCAAAGGCUUUCUCCCGCCGCUUGAAGAGGGGCGCAUCCAGCCAACACUUUCCAGAGAGGACUUGCGCAGACCUGUGCAUCAAUUGGACCCGCAGAAGGUGGCCAUCAGAAAGGACAAGGCAAGGGAGAAAGCAAAGCAAUGGAGCAAGGAAGUCCAGAACAGGAAGCUCAAGCAUCCGCAAAGCCGUCUGCAAAAGCCCGUCUGCAAACGCACCGUCUUUACCCAGAAGAAGCUUCUUGACUGCAAACAUCCACAUGUAGGCUUUGUUGCGCAAGCUGAGCAACAAUUAGUGCAUGGUACACAUGCGGCAGAUCAAAGUUCUGUAGCGCUACAACACCCAACGAUGGUCAAACUUAGGGCUUUGUCCAACCAGCUAUUUCUCCUCUGA